UCAUAAUCUAAAAAGAUAAGCUGCAGAAUUUCUCCUAUUAAUUAUUCAAUCAAACAUGCUAGCCUCCAACUUCUGUACAACCUCGUUAAGACUUCAAUUACUAUGUCUGUUAUGUAUGCUUUUUCUUGCAUCUGCAUCAGCAGCCAUUUACAGUGCCCACUUCUGCACCGAUCAAACCUUUUACUCAUCCGACACCAAAUUUCAAUCCAACUUGAAUACCCUCCUCUCUUCUCUUGUUUCAAACUCCUCCCUUCCCUCCAACAGCGGUUUCCAUCGAGCCUCCGUCGACGAUAUCGACGGCCGUUUCCUCUGCCGCGGCGACGUCAACGCGACCGUCUGCCAUGGCUGCGUCGCCGCAGCAGCAGCCAACAUAACUCGCCUCUGUCCCAACGAUACCGAGUCCUACAUCUGGUACGACGAGUGUACGCUAAUCUACUCCAACAGCACCUUCAACAAUGAUGACAUAGUUCCCGGGAUUACCCUCAACGACGAAGGAAGCACCGUUAACUCAAAUCAGGACCACUUCAACCAAUUACUGCCGAACUUGUUAAACAGUUUGGAGGGAAAAGCUUUGGAGAGUUCCAUGGGAGAGAAGAAGUUCGCCGCAGGUGCGGUGAGUGUGACAACCGCGCAAACGCUGUAUGGAAUGGCGCAGUGCGAGCCAGACUCAACGAGUGGUCGCUGUGAGGCGUGCUUUCGAAGCGCAAUUGCAGCUAUUCCAACGUGUUGCAACGGAAGCGGAGGAGCAAGGCUUCUGCUUCCCAUAUGUAGCAUCAGAUACCAACUGCAUCCCUUUCUGUACAAUUCCACCAUGCUCAUUCCUUCUUCAGAGGUUCCUUGGAGAGGUAGCAAAAGUACAUUGAUGAUCGUGGCAAUUGUUCUCCCGAUUGCUAUUUUGGCGCUGUUCUUGUUCAUAGGAUGCUGUUGGUGGCGAAGAAGGCAAAGAGAAAACCGUGAGGAUGUCCAGGACGUGAAUGAUAGCGUUAGGAGAUAUUUGACUGAGGAAGAGUCUUUGCAUUUUGACUUGGCUACAAUAGAAGCAGCCACAGAUAGUUUCUCAGAUGAGAUGAAGAUAGGAGAAGGUGGAUUUGGGGCGGUUUAUAAGGGUACCUUUCCUAAUGGAGAAGAGAUAGCUGUGAAGAGGCUAUCAAGAACCUCCCUCCAAGGUGACAGAGAAUUCAAGAACGAGGUUCUACUUAUUGCUCAGCUUCAACACAAAAAUUUAGUUAGACUGUUAGGCUUUUGUAUGGAGAGAACGGAGAGGAUACUGGUUUACGAGUUUAUCCAAAAUUCCAGCCUCGACCACUAUCUAUUUGGUCACGAAGACCAUGGAGUGCUAGACUGGGCAAGACGUUACAGAAUUAUAGUUGGAAUUGCGCGUGGAAUUCAAUAUCUCCAUGAAGAUUCUCGGCUAAAAGUAAUACACCGCGAUCUCAAGGCAUCUAAUGUUUUACUAGAUGCCGAUAUGAAUCCAAAGAUUUCCGACUUUGGAAUGGCAAAGGUUUUCCAUGGAGAUCAAAGUCAAGAAAAUACAAGAACAGGAAGGGUAGUUGGAACUUUUGGUUACAUGUCUCCAGAAUAUGCCAUGCAUGGGAAAUUCUCAGAAAAAUCCGACGUGUUCAGUUUUGGAGUCUUGGUUUUGGAGAUCCUUAGUGGCAAGAAGAACACAAGUUAUUAUCGAUCACAUGAGGAUAAUGAUGACCUUCUGAGCUUUGCUUGGAAGAAUUGGAUAGAUCGAACACCGUUCCAGAUAUUGGAUCCAAAACUGAGAGGUUCUUAUUCUAGAAAUGAAGUUCAGAGAUGCAUUCAAAUUGCUUUAUUAUGCGUUCAAGAAAACCCAGUUGAGAGACCAUCAAUGGCGACAAUAAUGCUUGCAUUGAACGCUUAUUCAGUAACUUUAGGGUUGCCCAGACAGCCAGCAUCUCUUGUGAGAGGAAGAGUAACAACAGAGAGAUUAAGACACCAGCAUGAUUCUGAUCAGUCCAAUAGUUCUUCAAUCCCUUAUUCUGCUGCUGAUUCAUUAAUCACUGAAGUAUAUCCUCGUUAAAAAGGUUGUGAUCAAUAUCAGUUAAUUGAACCCUUCUAUAGUAUUCUAUAAGCAACUAUUUCUAUGUGAUGAAAUGAAUAAAUUCACCAACUUUAAUUGAGAAACAAGGUGUUUCAUAAACUAUAGUUUGUAUA